AUGGGGGACACCGGGAUCGGGACACCGGGAACGGGGGACACCGGGAUCGAGGAGGGGACACCGGAACGCUGGACCCUGCGGCCUCGGCCCCACUUCAGCCUAGGGACCCCUGACCUCCUGGGCCGUGCCUACAGCCCAGGGAACGCUGAGGAGCUGGCGCGGUUCCGGCGGGAUUUCGGCUCGCGCCUGUGGCUGACGUACCGGAGCGGCUUCCCCGCCCUGCCCGGGACCCCCCGGACCACCGACUGCGGCUGGGGCUGCACCCUGAGAAGCGCCCAGAUGCUGCUGGGCCAGGGGCUCCUCCUGCACCUGCUGGGCCGGGACUGGACGUGGCCGGAGGCGCUGCUGGAGCCGGGUGGGACCCCCCGGAGGAGCCGGGACCCCCCGGGACGGACACGGACCCCCCGGGACGGAUCCAGGAGCGCCCAGGAUGGACCCAGAGCCCCCCAGGCCGGAUCCAGGCCCCCCCGGGACGGACCCCGGAGCCCCCAGGCCGGUCACGGAUCCCCCCGGACGGACACAGGGACCCCCGGGCGCACACAGGACCCCCGGGCCGGGCGCGGGAACCCCCUGGCUGUACCCAGGACGCUCCGGGAUGGAUCCAGGACCCCCCGGGACAGAGACGGCCCCCCCAGAACGGACAGGCAGCCCCCCCCGGGUUGGGCAUGGGGUCCCGCAGGACGGACACGGAGCCCCCGGGGGACAUGGGCCCCAGGACCCCUCCUGGGACCCCCAGGCCGCGAGCGGCGGCACCGCCAGGUCGUGUCCUGGUUCUGCGACCACCCCCGCGCCCCCUUCGGCAUCCACCGGCUCGUGGAGCUGGGCCGGGCGUUCGGCAAGAGCGCCGGGGACUGGUACGGCCCCGCCAUCGCCGCGCACAUCCUGCGGGGGGCGGUGGAAUCGUGCCCGGAGACCCCCGGCCUCGCCGUCUACGUGGCCCAGGACUGCACCGUUUACAAGGGGGACGUCGCCAGGUUGGUGCAGGGGGACCCUGAGCACGGGACAGCGGGAUCGGGAGCACCGGGAUCGGGAAUGCCGGGAUCAGGAGCACCGGGAUCGGGAAUGCCGGGAUCUGGGACACCGGGAUCGACAGCACCGGGAGCACCGGGAUCGGGAGCACCGGGAUCGGGAAUGCCGGGAUCGGGAGCACCGGGAUCGGGAGCACCGGGAUCGGGAGCGCCGGGAUCUGGGACACCGGGAUCGGGAAUGCCGGGAUCGAGAAUGCCGGGGCAGCGCCGCGGCGUCGUCCUGCUGGUGCCGGUGCGUUUGGGGGGCGAGAGCCUGAACCCCGUGUACGUGGAGUGUGUCAAGGAGCUGCUGCAGCUCCGCUCCUGCCUCGGCAUCGUGGGGGGAAAACCCCGGCACUCCCUUUACUUCCUCGGCUUCCAAGGUGAUUCCCUGCUCUACCUGGACCCCCACUACUGCCAGCCCUGCGUGGACACGGCCCGGGAGAACUUCCCCCUCCAGUCCUUCCACUGCCGUUUUCCGCGGAAAAUGCCCUUCGGGAAGAUGGAUCCGAGCUGCACCUUCGGCUUCUACGCCGCGGGACGGAGCUGGAGGAGCUGUGGGGACCUUUUCCAGGUGCUGGCCCCGCCCUCGGCCCCGGAGCGCUAUCCCAUUUUCUCGCUGCUGGAGGGGCUCGCUCAGGACCAGGCCCUGGACCCGCCCCCGCGGCCCCCCUCCCAGCUCCCCGGCGGGGCAAGCGCCCCAAAAACCCAACACUGA